AUGACUCAAAACUCAUUUAAGACUUUACAGGAAGCUUUGCUCCUUAGUCUGGAAGAAAAGCUAAUAGAUGACGAAGAAUUUGCCUUGCUGUAUGAAGAAUUCACUCCACAAAACCUUCCGUUUCGCCACUGGGAUUACGAAAAAUUUUCCCUCGAAAACAAAGACCCCGCAGAGUGUAAGGCAGACUUCAGAUUUGAAAAGAGUGACAUCUCAUUGCUGGUGGAUGUUUUACAGAUGCCUGAUACCUUCACAUGUCCGAAUGGUACCGUUUGUGAUUCAACAGAAGGACUUUGUGUUCUACUAAGGCGCUUUAGCUAUCUAUGUAGGUUGUCUGAUAUGAUUUCUACUUAUGGUCGAUCAGUACCCGAGCUCAGCAUGAUUAGCAAUGAAGUCACUGAAUGGAUGUACAAUGUUCAUGGCCAUAGGAUUACCGAAUGGAAUCAUUUCAUUAUGUCUCCUAACCUACUGCAAACUUACUCUGAAGCAAUUCAUGACAAAGGUGCCGCCUUGGAAAACUGUUCCGGCUUUGUUGAUGGAACGGUUCGUCCCAUAUCAAAACCAGGAGUCAAUCAGAGAGCUGUUUACAAUGGCCACAAGCGCGUUCACGCCCUUAAAUUUCAAUCCUUGGCCCUACCAAAUGGAUUGAUUGGCCAUCCGUUUGGACCAGUAGGUAAGGGUAUAUUCAUUCAUUUUUUAUGGUGGGAUAGUACCGUAGCUGUUUUUACUUGGAGAGACAUAUUUAUCACUUAUGUGAGCUUAAAAGUUAGAUUGAUUUCUUUUCUCAUAAUGUUAAUCUGACGUUUCUUGAUGACUCCCUCCUGGUCUCUCAAAUCAGAGGUACUUUUAGUAGCUCCCACUUUAAAUUGUUAUUAGAGGAAAUGGUUGUCCUGUCACCACAGACAAAUAAAUUAUAAAUUCUGACUUAUAGGCCAUAAGUACCUGGACUGUAAGAAUAAUAGCCAGCGAAUCCUAUGUUGUUUUUUGCCUACUCAAUUACUAAGGUAGUCAAUGGUCUAUAUAGGUAACAGUUUGUCAGCCAGCCAAUGUGUGACUGAUUGUGGUUCAAAAUUAAUUUUUUUGGCUCUUGUUCAGACACUGGACGAAAAAACGGAUUUACCUCUAUAGCAAAUUUGGAGCAAAUCAUCUGCAAAUGCCACUUUUGCUUAAUUUUGCUCAAUUUUGCCACAUGACAUAGGACCAACUUUGCCAUAAUUUUGCAUUAGUGGCAAAGGAGGUAAAUGCCGAAUUUGCCUCAAAUUUGCCCCGCGUGUAAAAACAAGGAUAACCUUUACUUUAUCAAGGCAUUUACAGGGGUGUCAAACUUGAUAGCAAAACUGACAUUUGUCAGGUUUUUGCCCAAAUGGGCAAAAGCGAUCGAAGAUGAAUUUUUGAAUGCUUUUGCUCUCUAUAGCAAAUUCGGUCAAAGUAGUAAUUUGCCACAUUUUUGCUCAAUGUAGCAAAAGUGACCAAAACUCAUUUUUCAACAGUUUUGCCCAGGAUAGUAAAUCUGAGCAAAAAUUCACCUUAUUUGUGUAUCGCCCAGUGUAGUAAAUGAGGUCAAAUUAUCACUUCUUCCGUAUCUUUGCUCAGUGUUGCAAAUAUGAUCAAAAUAGGCGUUUGCCACUGUUUUGCUCAGGGUAGUAAAUUUGGCCAAAUACCACUUUAUUCUAAAUUUUGCUCAGGAUGGCAGAUAUGAUCAAAACAGUAGUUUCCCAUACUUUUCCCCAUUGUAGCAAAGUUGAUCAAAUAUCAGUUCUUCUGUAUCUUUGCUCAGGAUGGCAAAUAUUGCCAUGAUAGCAGUUUUUCCAUACGUAAGGUAAACAAAGUUGAUUAAAAUAUCACUUUUUUACACUUUCGCUCAAGAUAGCAAAUUUGAUCAAAACAUCAUUAUCCAUAUGUUUCUUAUUUUUAUUUGGUACCAUAAAUGACUGACAAACAAUUUAGACACCAAACAAAAUUUCAAGAAUAAAAUGACUUUAUUAUCUUUAAUAUACACUGUACAAUAAAAAGCAAGAUAAAUUAAAAGAAAGUUCCAUUGGCCUCUGCAGGGCACUGCAUGUACCACAAAAUAUAUGCCUUUAAAUAAAAAGCACAUACAAUGUGAAACUAUCUGAAUUCAUAAGUGUAUAAGAAUGUACAUUGGGUUUGAAAGUGCAAGUCAACACUAGCUGGUUCAUAAUUAUCUAAGGUUGGUACAGGUAAAACGUAACUCCAUUUGAGUGGUAUACUUCAAAUAUACUCUUUCUAGAUUCAAUUGAUACUAUUGGGAAAUGGUUGUACGAUGACAACACGUACACAUCACUCCCAAUGUAGAUGUGACAUUUUUACUAAUGGACAGAACAUCAACCACAGGAAAUAAAAUUAGCCUCAAAUUACUGUGAUAAGCGAUAUUCCUCUAAUUAUUACUUAUAAGAACUUGUUUUCAUCUGAUAAAUAUUAUCCACUACCCAAAAUAGGCAGUGAAUAAUAUUAUAUAGUGUACCUGGUGCUAUUCAAUUACCCCAAGGGGAGAUACAUCUGUAUGAUUCAUUUUUAACCAAAUCAGUUAUAUACAAAUAUUUCUUGUAAAUAAAAUGAGUUACUAUGCGAAAGCUCUGUGCAUUUCUAUGAUUUGGGUACAACUUUGAUAUAUUUUUACCCAGCAGUAAACACUUACAAGGUUAAUUUUGUCACCUUUUUAGCAUGUACAUGUAUUUUAUUUUACAGGUGCUUCAUUUACUGCUAAACUUCUAAAACUAGCAUGAAAUGACACCCCAAUUUUACUCUCAUCCUAUAGGUAGCCAAAAGUGUUUCAAGUUAUGAAAGCAAAUCUGCUAUCCACUGAUUUGGUUAAAUACUUGUAUUACUAUUAUUAUUAUUAUUAUUAUUAUUAUUAUAUCACUGUAAAUAAUAUGAUUUGGUGAAAUUCUUGUAUUAUUAUAUGACCAUAAAUAAUUAUUUUAUUACAUUUAUUUUUUCUACUAAAAUCAAAUUAUUUGCUAAAAAUUUGAGCAAUUUUUUUCUGAUUCACAUGAUCAGCUGUUUUGCUUGCAGUAUUGGACUGAUUAAAUAUCCAAAUUAUCUAAACACAAUCUAUACACUAUGAAAGCUCUGUAGAACUUCUUUAAUUCAUCAUCAUUAUUAUUGUUAUUGGCAUGCAGGUGAUUAAAAUUUAAGCCAUGUUUAUCAAAAAACUGUUAUCACACACGGUAUUUUUUUUUUUGCAUAAAACAUAACUGCACUCUUUUUUCAUAAAAUAUGCCAAGAACAAAAUAGGAUGAUGGCAUUUGGAGUCCACUAAUUACUCUACUAUGGGGUGUAUUGGCUAGAUUUAGUCCUCGGAGUGGCACUUUUUAAGGCAGUGCUUAGGGUAGCCCUAGGAUCUGUCACCACUGCGGAAAGUGGAUGCAGAUGUAUCUCCAAUUACAUAUGUUGGGUGAAUGGACACGACGACUGAAAAUACAGCUGCAUUUACAGGCUACUAGAUGGAAGGUUUUUAAAAUUCAGUACAGGUGCCAAGUUACAGAGUGAUUCGGUGCAAACUAACAAGGACAGCUCUGCAAAGAUGGCAAAUUUUGCAGACAUUUGUCUGGUAAGGGAAAGUUUGUGGCUCCACCAUACCAUACAAAGGUCAUUGAGAUUAUGUGACUUUGUGUCAACACUUUAUUUCAAAUCGGACUAAUCACAAACAGCGUACGAACCUAGCCAAUCACAAAACGCUGACAUACAUGCAUGUCUUUGUGACCCUGUGGGAUUCAAACAUGAUAUUGUGCACUAAUUCUCAGACGGCAUGCUCUAUACAGAAGGUUUAGAGUGUCUGCAACACAGGCAAGAUUUUCAUUGGAUUGUGACAAAUCACUUUGAGAUUUGGUAAUUUCCCUAGUUUUAACGUCGCUCCUUCCCAUGGGUGUCAAAGGAUAUUCACUUACUACAUUGUAGGUCUUCAUCAAAACUCAAAAAAUUGUGCAAUUGUCUACUGAGUAAAUAUGAUUCUAGGAACUUAACUGAAAAGGAACUGAAUCAUGAUGCAUGUCAACUUCAACUUGAGUGUUAUUAUUUUUUUGUAAAUUUUUAUCUAAAAUGUCUUCUUCUUUUCUGAAUGUUCUUCAAAAAAUUAUCUGUGUUAUGCUUAUGAUCAAGUUCCUUUUUCUAUUGUAAGUGGUGGGUGCCAGAGCAAACUCAAACUCAAACUCAAACUCUGGUGCUCCUUGGUUUGAUCCUGGUCUCACUGUGUGCUCUAUUACCAUUAUUUUCACUUCAUUGGCUUUGACACCAUGCAACUUUGCAGUCCAACUGGGCCAUUAAACCAUUAACCUCAAUGCUCUGCCAGGAAAGUGGCUUUACACAGAGAUUUUCCCUGUUUGGGAGGUCCUCAUCUGAACCUGAAGAAUUACCUUCAUGCCACUCUGAUACAGCUGUUUCAGACAAAGACUCCUCUGAUGACAUAUAUGCAACGGACAUACAUGCAAGGUACUUGUCCUUGUCUAACUAACUGAUGCUAGUUGACUCCCUCAGAGCAUAUUGGCCCUUUAAUUUUUUUUCUGAAAGAAAAAUGAAGAGCCAUGAUUUAGCAGCCAACAAGUAACCCACAGUUGGUAAACAAGCAUGUACUGCUCAUGCUCAGUGUAAAUGAUUGGGUUGCAGAACAAUGACACGAUUCUAAAAGCUGAAAACACUCUCUUAAUCAAAGGAACAGUUUGAGGAUAUUUGUGAGAAUAAUUUCUCCCUGUAUUUUAUUCCUACUAACUUUUUCAUUAAAUAUAUAUGUUUUCUGGAACAGGUGUUAAAGUAGAGAGCAGAAAUGCCUCUUUCUGUUGAAUCUGCAUUUGUUUCAUUAAGACUCUUUUAAGUGUAAGUUAAAACUGAAAUAAAUUAAUUCCCCUGUCAUUCAAGAGCAGAACUGAUAGUGUCCCACAGGUCACCAGGCUCUAACAGAGGACAGCCAUGACUCAACUGUACACAUAAACCGUAAAAACGGUCAGAACCUGAGAAACAUAACAUUAAGGCAACCCACAUGUUGCUUAGAACAAUAAUUAAUUAAUUGUGGUUAUUUGGCAUGAUAAAGCCACAGCAUUUACUCGCAAAAUGAACUAACAAAGAUCCCUCAACAUCAUUGAGCUGUACAAACGGUAUAAAUAAUGAGGUAUUGUCAUUUAAAAUGUGGAACAGUAAUACAGUGGUCACUUGGAAUGACACUUAUGCUUCAAGAUCUGGCAAGUGCCGUCAUUUGCAAAAUGAGCCAAAAUUAAGAUCUCACAACAUCACUGAACCAUAUCUAUAAAGCAUAAGAGUUUUGGAUGGUACAAUUUAUGAAAGAAGAAUCACUUGUCAUUUAAAUGUGGAACAAUAAUACGGUGGUCACUCAGAAUGACACAUAGGCUUCAAGAUCUGGCAUGCGCCGUCACUCGCAAAAUGAACCAAAAUUAAGAUCUCACAAUAUCACUGAACCAUAUGUAUAAACCAUGAGAGUUUUGGAUGGUACAAUUUAUGAAAGAAGAAUCACUUGUCAUUUAAAUGUGGAACAAUAAUACGGUGGUCACUCAGAAUGACACAUAGGCUUCAAGAUCUGGCAUACGCCGUCACUCGCAAAAUGAACCAAAAUUAAGAUCUCACAAUAUCACUGAACCAUAUGUAUAAACCAUGAGAGUUUUGGAUGGUACAAUUUAUGAAAGAAGAAUCAAUAAUAUUGUCAUUUAAAUGUGGAACAAUAAUACGGUGGUCACUCAGAAUGACACAUAGGCUUCAAGAUCUGGCAAGUGCCGUCACUCGAAAAAUGAGCCAAAAUUAAGAUCUCACAAUAUCACUGAACCAUAUGUAUAAACCAUAAGAGUUUUGGAUGGUACAAUUUAUGAAAGAAGAAUCACUUGUCAUUUAAAUGUGGAACAAUAAUACAGUGGUCACUCAGAAUGACACAUAGGCUUCACUCGCAAAAUGAAAAAAAUGCCGUCACUCGCAAAAUGAGCCAAAAUUAAGAUCUCACAAUAUCACUGAACCAUAUGAACAAACCAUAAGAGUUUUGGAUGGUACAAUUUAUGAAAGAAGAAUCACUUGUCAUUUAAAUGUGGAACAAUAAUACAGUGGUCACUCAGAAUGACACAUAGGCUUCACUCGCAAAAUGAAAAAAAUGCCGUCACUCGCAAAAUGAGCCAAAAUUAAGAUCUCACAAUAUCACUGAACCAUAUGUACAAACCAUAAGAGUUUUGGAUGGUACAAUUUAUGAAAGAAGAAUCACUUGUCAUUUAAAUGUGGAACAAUAAUACAGUGGUCACUCAGAAUGACACAUACUGUAGGCUCCAAGAUCUGGCAAGUACCGUCACUCGCAAAAUGAACCAAAAUUAAGAUCUUACAGUAUCACUGAGCCAUAUGUAUAAACCAUAAGAGUUUUGGAUGGUACAAUUUAUGAAAUAAGAAUCAUUUGUCAUUUAAAUGUGGAACAAUAAUACACUGGUCACUCAGAAUGACACAUAUGCUUCAAGAUCUGGCAAACUUAUGCCGUCACUUGCAAAAUGAACCAAAUUAAGAUUUCACAAUAUCACUGAACGAUAAUUAUGUAUAGAUGUAAAACAAGAGUUUUUGACUGUAAAAAUUUCAAAAGGAAAAUCAUUUGUCAUUUGAAAUGCAGUAGAAUAUUAAAUAAUAAAUUAUAGUGACCAUUGCUUUGUCAAGUGCUGUCACCUGAAAAGUACAGUAACCCCAAAGAUCUAACAUAUUAACUCAGCUGUACAAAAAGCCAAAUUACUGAAUUAUGGACAUACUAAGGUCACAUCACCGACUUAUAUUGGUGUAAAAGAAAUGUUUGCCUGCACAGCUCAAGAUCUGGCUACUUAAGAUUAUUCCAUUAAUGAAGACGAUGCGCAACAAAGAGUACAGUUAUUUCUGCAGUAAACAAAAAGGAAUCAAUGAAUGGCAUAUCUGUGCAUGCAUCUUAAAUUUUAAGAUUUAUCUUUGAGGUUUUAAGCUUACGCAAAGUUAUUAGAAAACCAAAGUAAGUAAACGAACCACGAUAUCAAGAAGAACAUACCUUUCUGCAAUCCAGCUGAGUUGAUGACUUGAAAACAGGCUUUAUGUGAAGAAUAUCGCAACUGAUCACUGUCUCUCGAAAAUAACAAAGGUAUAAAUCGUAAUAGAACAGCUAAAUAGAAAGACAGGCUUUCUAUUAUCCGAAAAUAACAAAACUACUCGUUUUGCAACGCUGUAUUACAUGAGAAGUCCGCGUGAAUUUGAACUGUUCAACGAAAGUUUAUUUUACACUAUUCUACAUGUUCUAUUGGUUCAAAAGCCGCACGUGACAAUGUAAAUCAAAUCGCGCAUGUGCCAAAGUCACGUGGAAGCCUGGGAAACAACAAACAUGGCGGCUGAUCUUGCGAUCGAGUGCAUUCAGGACUACAUUCACCCGGACGAUGAAACUCUGCAAUCUACUAUUGAAAUGACUCCUGGGUUCAAACCUUUCACAUAUUGUGCAUUUUGUUCACCCAAAUUGUAAAUGGUAUAACGUUUUACGUCAGGGCCUCCUAUUCCGAGACUUCUUGUGAUAUUUUUUUUCCGAGCCACCGACCCAAUAUCAGGAAACGCAUUCGACGCUAAACGAAAAAAAGGGGGGGAUGGCCUUACCCGAAAUAACCAGCUGCAACAAGUAAUAUGAUAAACUCUGAGAAGAAUGUGAUGGUGAUUGAAACGGGGCAAUGGAAUAUCAAAACUUGCGUGAAAUAACACUGUGAAGUUUGGUAAAUGUGCAAACGUUGGUUAAAGUGGUCGUAAAGAUAGUUCUUUGAUCAUAUUUUGCUUAAAUUUACGCCUCUAGUAACCAUAAAUUUACACAUUAACUUUGCUAUGCCAGAAAAUAUCAAGCAAACAUUCAUUUUUGAGGUUCGAUUUUUACACAGAGAACAAAAUGUCGGCAAAUUUGAAUCUAAACACCAAAUUUACUAUGGGGAGCAAAAGUGAAACAAAAUAUCUGUAAAAUUGAUAUUUACUCCACAUUUACGCCACCCUUGCAGAAAAGUAAACUUUCACUUUCGAACAAUAUUUGCACCAAGAAAAAAUAAGUAGCAACAUUAGUACCCUAAAUUUACAAUAGAUUUGCUCACCUAGCAAACUUAGGCAAAUCCGUUUUUCGUCCAGUGAGAGGGACGAAUGCAUGAUGCGAGAAUGCUGGACACAUCUGGCCUCUAUGUUGACCUGGCACAGUUCGCCUUUUCCCCUGCUGGACAGGAGAUGUGUAUCUACGGGGAUCCGGCAUAUCCUCUACGUAUCCAUCUGCAGUGCCCCUUCGGAAAUGGGGUGUUAACAAGACAAAUGGAAGAGUUUAAUGCAGCUAUGAGUUCUGUACCUACAAGUGUGGAAUUAAUGGUUGUUUGGAGACCUUAUAAAUUAUUUCAAGUUUCUCGAUUACAAAAAGAAUCUCAAAAUUGGCCUUAG